AUGGAGACUUGCAAAUUUCUUGCCUUGAUAUUCGCCGCCAUCGUCGGUCUCUACUCCGUCCAGGCGACAGCACAAGGAGUAGAUCCUCAUUUGACGGCUUGCACGCAAAAGCUUUUGCCGUGUCAGCCGUAUAUUCACGCGGUGAAUCCCCCGCCUCCACCGACGUGUUGCGGGCCAAUGAGAGAGAUCGUGGAGAAAGACGCAGCGUGUCUAUGCGCAGUUUUUAACAAUCCGGCUAUACUCAAAACACUCAACCUCACCAAAGAAACCGCUCUUGAUCUUCCUAAAGCCUGUGGAGCUCAUCCUGACAUCUCACUCUGCUCCAAAGCUGCUUGUGGCUCUUCCGUCCAAGCUAUCAGCUACAUUGGACUUAGCUUUCUGUUUGCUUUUGCGGCAAUGAUCUUGUAUUGA